GCCACCAGAAGAGGAUCCCCUGCCAAAUGAGCUUGAGCUGGAGCCGGUGAUACCCUUUGACUUCACGGGUCUUGGACAACCUGUUGUUCAACAGCAACCUAAUGACAAUCUCGACAAUGGCAACAAUCAGCAGCUGAAUGAACCUGGUCUCCCAGAGCAGCAGAAUCAAGGCCCGGCUCAAGAGGCCCAGCAGUUUCAAUUGCAGCAAAAUAACCCCUGGGAACCAUGGGCCCACUGGCCAGAAGCUGCACAACAACAGGCCCAACAGGCACAACAAGGUGGGCUCAAUCUCAAUGUUCCACCUCAACACGAACCACUAGAGCUCAAUCUUAACUUGGACCCUCUUGAAGUCAUCAUUGACCCAGCUGCUCCACCAAAUGAUUUCAUUGAAAUCAAUGACUUUGCUUAGGAGAUAGAGAUGAUUAUUCGCCAGCAGCCCCAACAGUUACAGAAUCAACCUCUCAAUCUGGGUAACAACAAUGAAGAAGGAGUGCUUGUUAAUGGUUUCCCCCUGCCCAAUCUGCCUGACCUCAUUGGAGAAGAAGUGCCAAUUGAUCAGAUGAUUGACCAAGUCCUGGAAGAGCAGCAGCUGCCAAUGCAGAACAAUGAAGAGGAACAGGAUGAGUUCAAGUUGACUUGGAACAGCUAGUUGGACCAGGGGAGGAAGGAUUCCCCAACCAUCUUGGUGGUGGAAUGCAGCUCCCCCUGAACCCCAAUGAGAAUGAAUUAAUGCAGCUGGCUGAUGAUCACAUUCAGGAACAGUUAGGGCAACUUGAAGCUGCAGACAUGGACAUUGACCAAAUGCAGUUCCCUGGCCCACAGGAACCAAACGUUCAUCAAGCUGCUCCUGGACAACUAGAGCACGAUAACCAACCUCAGAUUAACAAUCUCAACCUGCAAGUUGGCAUGCUCUUAUGCCAGAGAGGCAGUGGGCCUCCAUCCACCGAAGCCUUGCAGAAAGAAGGAAUCUGAACAAACACAUUCAUGCUUGGGAGCGCAUGUUGCAGCAAGAUCACUUUGAAUGGACCAAGGACCUUCUACGCACUGGGAUGACUGCCCUCUUUGAUGAUGACAAGGAAAAGCAAACUGAGGUCAACCAGUCACAGCAAAGCAAGGAUCGUGGUACCACAGAUAAGAGGAAGGUGCCAACAAAGAUGGCAACGCCCUUGGUGGACACGCAGUUCUGUGGAAUGGAGUACGAGGAGCUGGCAGAUGAGCAGCUGAUGAGGAAGGAUAUGAAGGCAGACAGAGCACUCAAGAAGAAACUCAGAAAGGAGGAUGGUAAAGAGGACAAGGAGGACGAAAGGAAUGAAGAGCAGCAGGAGGACUGAAGCACUGGCCGACUCUCAUGAUAAGAAAAGGCCUUUGAUUCUGCUUUUAUAAUAGUUCUAUGUCAGCAACAUUCAGUAUGUCAUUUUGUACCAGAGACAGUUGUACCUUGCCACUUCUUUUGGGUAGAGACACCUGGGUAACGUAUGUUAGGGCUAUGGCAGCAAUAGAUGAUACUGGCAGUUUAAAAGCCUGGUUGAUUUUGGUGCAAUGCGCAAAAUGUUGGACC